GAAUUCUGUGACACAAGUUUCCGGCGUAGAGCACGUUCGUUGCUCCCUCGCUGUGGUCUGAUUGUACCUGUGUUUUUUGUUUUUGUUUGUUUUAGUGAAACUAUUUACGCCGCUUGUCUCAACAGCAGGUUGAGAAUCACUUAUAACAUUUCUGCAGUGGGAAGAGAGCGCGACGAGCCGCCAAGAUGCCGCGUAUUAUGAUAAAAGGAGGCGUCUGGCGCAACACUGAGGAUGAGAUCCUCAAGGCGGCGGUGAUGAAAUAUGGGAAAAACCAGUGGUCUCGUAUUGCCUCCCUUCUGCACCGCAAGUCUGCCAAACAGUGUAAAGCCAGAUGGUAUGAGUGGUUGGAUCCCAGCAUCAAGAAAACAGAAUGGUCCAGAGAGGAGGAGGAGAAGCUGCUUCAUUUGGCCAAGCUGAUGCCCACUCAGUGGAGGACCAUUGCGCCUAUCAUAGGACGCACUGCUGCCCAGUGUCUAGAGCACUACGAAUACCUGCUAGACAAGGCGGCUCAAAGAGAUAAUGAGGAAGAAGUGGGAGACGACCCCAGAAAGUUGAAACCAGGAGAGAUUGACCCCAAUCCUGAAACUAAACCUGCCAGACCUGACCCUGUGGAUAUGGAUGAAGAUGAGUUGGAAAUGCUAUCAGAGGCCAGGGCUCGACUGGCCAAUACCCAGGGCAAGAAAGCCAAGAGGAAGGCAAGAGAGAAACAGCUGGAGGAAGCCAGACGGUUGGCUGCUCUGCAGAAGCGCAGAGAGCUGAGAGCAGCAGGAAUCGAUGUUCAGAAGAAGAGGAAGAAGAAGAGAGGAGUGGACUACAACGCCGAAAUCCCCUUUGAAAAGAAGCCUGCACCGGGUUUCUAUGACACCAGCAUGGAGCAGUAUGACGCACUGGAGCCAAACUUCAAACGACUCAGACAGCAGCACUUGGAUGGAGAACUACGCAAUGAGCGUGAGGAGAGGGAGAGAAAGAAAGAUAAACAGAAGAUAAAGAAGAAGAAAGAGAGCGAUCUGCCGUCUGCCAUCCUCCAAACCAGCGGAGUGGCAGAGUUCACCAAAAAACGCUCCAAACUGGUUUUACCUGCACCACAGAUCAGUGACGCAGAGUUGGAGGAAGUCGUCAAAUUGGGUGUCGCCAGUGAGGUCGCCCGUCAAGCUGCAGAGGAGAGUGAAAGUGGUAACUCAGCCUCAUCCACACUCCUGUCAGAGUACAGCGUCACCAACACCAUGACAACGGGACUACGUACCCCCCGCACCCCUGCUGCCCAGGACAGGAUACUACAGGAAGCUCAGAACCUGAUGGCUCUGACCAACAUCGACACUCCUCUGAAGGGAGGCCUCAACACUCCUCUGCACGAGAGUGACUUCAGUGGAGUGACACCUCAGCGGCAGCAGAUACAAACACCCAACACUGUUCUCAGUACACCAUUCAGAACUCCUGGACCAGGUCAGGGGUCAGAGGGCAUGACCCCUCAAGCCGGAGGAGGGAUGACUCCACGUGGGGCUGCAACCCCGGGUUUGACCCCUGGCCGUACACCUCUGCGAGACAAACUGAAUAUUAACAGCGAGGAGCAACUGACUGACCCUGCAUACGCUAAGCACAUGCAAAGGGAAAGCCUGCAGCAGCUGAAGCAGGGCCUGAUGUCACUUCCUGUUCCCAAGAACGACUUUGAGAUUGUUCUUCCAGAAAAUGCAGAGAAAGAACUCGAAGAAACAGAGACAGACACUGGGUUCAUAGAGGACUCAGCCGACAUAGAGGCACGCAAGCAGGCUCAGCGGGAGGCAGAAAGAGAGAAGGAGCUGAAGCUGCGCCACACAGCUGUUCAGAGGAAUCUCCCCAGACCAACUGAGGUAAACGAGUCCGUCCUCCGUCCCGCUUCCAUAGAGCCGCUCUCUGACCUCCAGUUGGCUGAGGAGCUGAUCAAACAGGAAAUGAUCACCAUGCUGCACCACGACUGCCUGCAUCACCCGUCGGCCAAUGCAGCCAACCAACUGCAGCGCGGCAAAACCAGAGGCCCCACUUCUGCGUCAAACAACGCAUCACACAUAGCUUACCUGGAAACACACUCUUACAAGUCAAUCAGCACAGAGGAGAUGGAACAGGCUAAAACAGUACUGGCAGCAGAAAUGGAGGUGGUGAAGACAGGAAUGGGUCACGGUGAUCUCAGCAUGGAGGCCUACAGCCAGGUGUGGGAGGAAUGCUACGGACAGGUGUUAUAUCUACCUGGUCAGAACAGAUACACCAGAGCCAACCUGGCAUCAAAGAAGGACCGUAUUGAAAGCCUGGAGAAAAAACUCGAGGUGAACCGUGGUCACAUGACAGCGGAGGCCAGGAGAGCAGCUAAGCUGGAGAAGAAACUCAAAAUCCUGCUGGGAGGAUUUCAGUCAAGAGCACUGGGGCUCCUGAAGCAGCACAAUGAACUGUGGGAACAGGUGGAGCAGGCAGCCACAGAGCUCCAGACCUUCACUCAGCUGAAAAAACAAGAAGAUACUGCCAUUCCCAGGAGACUAGAGGCUCUACGUGAGGACGUGGAGAGACAGAUGGAGAGAGAGAGAGAACUUCAGCAGCGAUAUGGAGAGUUGCUGAUGGAGAGGGAGUCGCUGCUCAACAGCGCUCAGAAAUACUGAGCAACACACAGGCUAAUCACACAGUCAAGUACUUGUCAUGGAGACACUGAUAUCAAGCUAACAGCAGCCCUGACAAACACAAAUUAGUUUUCUCGCUCUUCCACACUCUGAGUCGUUGUAUUAAACCUGUCAAUUUUCAAUUAUUGCGGAAAUUCCACUGAUUAGCCCCGCCUCUAUGUGCUCAUGUUGCUAUGAUGUCAUCAGCUGAGUUUUGAGCAUGCUCAGUAGUCCCUUGUGUUUCUGUAUUAGUGACCAAUAAAGUUUCUUUUCAACAAUUA